AUGGAUGCCAGAGACACCAACAUCAACUUUUCCAAGCCUUUGCACAUCGUACAAGAGGGCAACCUGAUGGUGCUGACCCCAGCCGGCCUGACCCAGGCGCUGAACCAGACCCGCUUUCUCAUGGUGCUUUUCUACAAUUCCAUGUCAAAGCAAUCCAGGAGUUUGGCCAAGGAACUGGGCAAAGCUGUGGACAUCCUGGGCAAAGGCAAAAAUGGGAUUGGCUUCGGCAAGGUUGACAUCUCUGUGGAGAAGGAGCUGAAGCAGGAGUUUAACAUCAAGAAGACUCCAGACUUGAAGCUGUUCUUUGAGGGCAACAGGUCAGAGCCCAUCGCCUGCAAAGGAGUAGUUGAAUCUGCAGCUUUGGUAGUUUGGUUGAGAAGACAAAUUAGCCAGAAAGCAUUUUUGUUCAACAGCAGCCAGCAGGUGGCAGACUUCGUGAAAUCGAGGCCCCUGGUCAUCGUGGGUUUCUUCCAGGACUUAGAGGAAGAAGUAGCAGAAUUGUUCUACGAUGUGAUCAAGGAUUUCCCAGAGCUGACGUUUGGGGUGAUAGCGAUCCGGAAUGCCUUUGGACGUUUUCAUGUUGUCUUGGACAGCGUCCUGGUGUUCAAAAAGGGAAAUUUGGUGAAACGCCGAGAGCUUAUCAAUGACAGUACCAACAAAUAUGACCUCAAUCAAGUCAUCAAGCAGCACCUUACUGAUUUUGUGAUUGAAUACAAUGCUGAGAACCGGGAUCUAAUUUACGAAUUACGCAUCUUAAGCCACAUGUUGCUGUUUGUCUCCAGAAAGUCUGAGUCAUUUGAGAUCAUAACUCAGCAUUAUAGACUGGCAUCAAAGGAAUUCCAAAAUAAGAUCCUUUUUAUCCUUGUGGAUUCAGAUGAACCCAAAAACAAAUUUGUCUUUGAGUACUUCCGGAUCACAGAAGUCGACACUCCAUCUGUCCAAAUCCUAAACUUAAGCUCUGAUGCCAGGUACAAAAUGCCUACAGAUGAUAUAACCUAUGAAAACCUCAAGAAAUUUGGCCGCAGUUUCCUGAAUAAAAAUGCCAAGAAACACGAACCCAGUGAAAACAUCCCGAAAUAUUGGAACCAGGGUCCGGUGAAGCAGCUAGUGGGGAAGAACUUCAACAUCGUUGUCUUCGACAAGGAGAGGGACGUGUUCGUGAUGUUCUAUGCGCCCUGGUCUACGAAGUGCAGAGCUCUGUUCCCGCUGCUGGAGACGUUGGGCGUCAAGUAUCAAAACCACACCACAAUCACCAUUGCCAAGAUCGACAUCACAGCCAAUGAUAUCCAACUCUCCAACCCGGACCGGUACCCAUUCUUCAGGCUCUUCCCCACCAACUCUGAACAGGCUGUUCUGUAUCAAGGAGAGCAUACUCUGGAAGGAUUUUCUGACUUCCUGGAAAGCCAAGUCAAGGUUCAGACUGAGGAUGAGCUAUUACCCUUUGAACAAAAUGAAGAGCUGGAAGAGGAGGUGAUAGUUGAGGACCAGGAGGAGGAAGAGUUACCUGAGCAGACGUUGCCUGAGCAGAAGGUCCCUGAGCUGAAGAACAUGACCAAGCUGGAAAUAUCAGCAGGACAACAGAAAACAGCUAAGGAGGAGGAGAAGGAGGUAGCUAAGCCAAAGGGACCUCCAAGACAGGAGAAGAAACCGAAAGUCAAGGAAGAACUUUAGCUUCUUCAAAGCCAGGAGAGAAGGGGGCCCAUCUCCUAGGCCCUUUCAUUCCCUGCAUGGAUUUAUUCCAAUAAUACUAUAUAUUGUUGUGGUGGGGCGAGUGGGGGUAGGCUAAUA